AUGGACCCUCACCACCGCAAAAUAGAUCUACAAGCUCCCGCCGACCUGACAUAUCUUCUCACAAACAUCCGCACUGCUGCACAAGAAAAACUUGAUACUGCAAUUCCUCCUUCCGCCGCACCCCAAGGGGAAGAUGCGUACAGAAGUAAAGUCGAGGAAUUGGUUCAAGACUACAUUCAUCGCACACUGCUCCUCGCGCUCCCAAAUCUCUCGAUCAACGGAUUUGACGCGCCACCCUCUCUGGUCCAGCCAGCCCCCACCAACAUCUCUAAUGCCAACGAGAAGUCAACGAGCCCGGUAAAUUACUCGGAAGAAGACAUAGCAACAGGAAACUACGCCCCCUACGACCCCCGCCUCGCGGAGCGAUUGAGGGGUCUCUACGCGCGACUCGAGAUCGAAUCGGAGAAUGUAGCGCGCAUGCGGAGGGAUGUGCCGAAGAAGGCCGCGGAUGCUUAUGUGAAGGAACUGAGUAAUGGCCUGGAGGCAGGGAGAGAGGUGAAGAGGGUGGAAGAUGAAGAAAUCAUUGAUGUGGAGAUGGAUGUAGGGUUUGGAGAAGCGGUGAAGGGGGUGGACAGGAGAGAGGAGAUGGAGAAGACGUGGAAGAUGGGGACGGAGGGACUGGAGGGAUUGGGCGAGAUCACGCAAUUGAUUGGGAAACUGGAACGGGCCAGGAGGGCUGUGGAGGUUGUACAGGGGACCUGA